GCCCCACAUUUCGUAUAUAGCUUAGCAGAAAGUCAGCUGCAGAAUAAUCAAUGUGAUUGGUCAACCCAUAAUCUUCUGAUGACUGGGCAUGUGCUGUGGAUUACGUCCAUUCCAAAAAGUAGAAUUCUCGCUGUUGUGUUUUUCUCGUAUUGGGAACUGGCGUAUGAACGAAUGUGCACAAAUAUAACGCUUGCACAAAUGCGGGGUAGCGCGUGUAGCGCACAGCAAGGCGAAAGUGGCGGAAUGAAUAGAGUUGGUAGAUCGAUAGCAGCACCUACUCGCCUCAUCAAAGUUAGAUCUUGCAACAUCAUAAGCGCCUGUGGCACGUUCAAAUUCUACUCUCAAAAGCACUCAGGACCAUGCAAUAGUCAACAACUUAUACGCACCCCAAGUCCGAAGUCCUUAUCAAUAGUAUCAAAAGCCACAGCGCUAAUCCAACCAAUCAGCUAUUGUAAAUCGUCAUAG